AUGCCUACAAGAAAAGGCUCACUUUCAUGAGCUUCAAAGGCAGCUAUUUCUAUUAUUGAAUGCAAUAAAGAUCGACUAUGUAUCGAUCCAAAUUCGCCAAUAGGCAAAUUAUUAGCAGAUUUUGAAUCAAGCUUGGAGUUUUUACCAUUUAGGGAAGAAAAAUUCGUAGUUAAUAUUCUUGAAUAUAUUUCUAAAAAUUACGAUCCAAAAUACUUCGAAACAGUUCAAGAUUCCAAUAUCAACGUAAAAUAUCUUAAAAAAAAAGAUGAAGAAACUUACUUUUUUGAACAAAUAAAAGCUAAAGAAGCACCUUUAGUUUUACUUAAAAGGCAUAGUGAGGAUAAACCAUAUGCUUAUUUUGAAAGAAACAAUGGAACUGUUUAUUUAUUAACAGCGCUUUUUACUCAAAACGUGUUGAAAAGAUUAUAUUGCAAUUUCGGAAACCAAUGGAAAAAUCUCAGUGAAAACCCAGAUGAUAAAACACCAAUAAAAUUCAGAGAAGAAACUGUAUACAUUUUUAUAGCCCAGGACGACUUAUAGCUUACCAGUGUAUAAGUUUGCCUAGCCAAUUUAAUUAUUAACCUACUUUAUGAGAAAGGGCGAGCUAUAAGCUAUCCUCGGAUAUAUACAAAAAUCAAUAAAGAAGAUCUUGAUAAAGAAAAGGUCGAUAAAAUUCUUCCGUCCGAAUGAGAAGGACAUAUAAAAGAAAACCUGCGAGAGUCUAUAACAAUAUAUUCCGUUAGCACAAAUCAAAACCAGGCUGGGAUAAAAAUACCAAAAGAUAUUGAAGCUCAGCAGGAGUUAAAGCAAAAAAUCCAAAAUAAAAAUGAUGAAAUACAAAAUUAUAAAGAUCAAUUAGAGAAAUCAAAAAUUGAAAAUGAGAAAUUAAAAGAAACCAUAAAAAGUUUAAGUGGCGAAAAAGAAAAAAAUAUCGAAAUUCGUCAAGGGCUAAUAAAUGAAAAUGAGAAAUUAAGAGAUCUCAUAGAAAAUUUAAAUGUGAAAAUAAACGAAAAAAAUGCUGAUAUCAGUAAAGAAUUGCAAAAAAGUAAUUCAGCCCAACAAGAAUUAAGCAAAAAUAUCCAAAAUAAAGAGCAGAUGAUAGAAUAUUAUAAAAAUCAAUUAUUAUAAAUACAUAAUUACUUAAUAGGUUGGAGUGUUGCUCUCUCUUUUCUUGUUUUCAUUUAAUGCCUAUUCGAUUCUAAAUAGGCAAAAUAUCAUACAUGGAGGAUACAAAGUAAGAAAACCCUACCUUUUUUUAAAUUAUACAAAUUCACAUGUAAAAACCUACCUCAUAAGGCAAGGAACAAAAAUUUAUAAAUUGAGUUUUUCUCUCAUCCCAAGCCAUUUUAUUAAAGAUCAAUUAUCAUGUUUGGAAAAUGCAAACGAAAAAUUGCAAAAAGAGCUAAAAAUAAUAAAUGAUGAAUUAAAAGAAAAAAACAUCAAAAUUGAUUCGCAAAAUCAAGAAAUUCUAAAUAGAGACGAUAUAAUUAAAAACUAUAAAGAACAAUUUGAGGAACUUACAAACGAAAGAAAUAAAUAUCAAAAAGAAAUAAAAGAACUGAAAAUUGAACUUCAAAAAGCAGUAGAUGAAAAUAUAAAUUUGUCUGCAAUUAAUGCAAUUCUACAGAAAGAAGCUGAAACCGAAGCUCAAUCAUUAAUCCAAGUAAAAGAAAUUUAUAAAACUCAAAACGAAGCCUUAGUUCAAGAAAGGGAAAAUCUUCAGCCUCAAUUAAAAGCAUUAAGUGAAGAAACUAAAGAAUUCAAAUCAAUAAGCCUGCCUCCUAGGAUUAUAAGACGUCCAAUAAUUUAUGACGGGAAAAAAUCAGGGAUUCCUAAUAUAUGAAUAGAAAUAAAAUGGUAAUGUUGACUAAAAUUGGACUCCGAUGAGCACUCCCUAUGGAGUAGGUAGAACCCAUCAUGAUGAAGAUAAAAAGAGCCUUGUCUAUUUUUGAAGCAGGCCAUUAGUUUGGAGACGCCUUGCCAAAGAGGGAAAUUUUGUUUCUACCACGAAGGCUUUCCUGUCCCUGCCAGUUUGGCUAAUGGCCUAUCCACUUUAUUAUCUUAUAAAUAUAGGGAAUACCUGCUAUCUUAAUUCACUUCUUCAAUUGCUUGCGAGCAACAAUGAAUUUUACGAUAAAAUCCAGCCUAUCGAACAUGAAUUAUUUUCUUCGUUAUCCUCACUAUUAAAGAGCAUCAGAAAUCCUGGAUCCUAUAAUAAUACCGAUCAACUUGUUAGGUCCUUUAAAUACCAACUUGGUGCAGAAUUCCCAAUGGUAACCUUUAUAUAGCUUGGAAAUUCAUCUCAGCAAGAUUCUAAAGAAGUAAUGGUGAUGCUGACAGGCAUACUAUCAGAAUAUAUAUUUUUUAUAAAAAUUGCAUUUUAAUGGAAAACUUGUGCCAAAUUCAAAAUUCAUUUUUCUUUAUAAAAUAGGAUUUUAACUUUAGAUUUUAUAAUAAUUUACUAUAUAAUUAUAAAAAAAAGGUAUAACUAAUAUAGACUCUAUUUUUACAACUAUCUAUAAACAAAUAUUUAAAUGCCAUGCUUGUGGAAACAAAGCUAAUAGGGAUGAUACAAAUAUUUUUAUUACAGUUCCCAGGGGUAAAUCUCGCUCUAUACAAGAAUUUUUACCAAUUUUAAAACAGCCAAAAUAUUACACCGGAAGUAACCAAUUAUUUUGCGAGAAUUGUCAAAAUAUGCAAAAUAUCACGAUGGAGUGUGAAGAAAUAAUUUGGCCAUCUACAGUUACCUUUUACCUGCCCUCGAAUAAUGGGAGUACUAAGAUUAAUGAAGAAUUAAAUAUUGAAGGAACUAUAAUAAAAAAUACAAUCUUGCAAGCCUAAUGCAAAAUACUAACCUAUAAUUUAUAAAGAAUUUUGUGGCGAUUAUAAUAGCAAUUUUGAUAUAAAUGUAAAAUAUAAUACUUAUAGAUGGUAUGGAUUAAUAAGCUUUAUAAAAAUAAAUCGAGUAUUUUUUAUACUAUAUUUACUUUGUCUCUAUUUAAUUAAGAAAGUAUAUGCCAUUAUGGAAAUUCACAAUUUGGACAUUAUAAAGCAUAUACGUGGGAUACCAAGAAUUGGACUGAAUAUAAUGAUUUCAGUGCAAAAAUUGAUAAAGUCGAUGUGGCAAAUGGCUAUCUAGCCUUUUAUGCAAGGGCUGAGAGUUAA